AUGCUGCUCUUGAAUCUCCGACUGGUACUGGAAAAACCAUGGCAAUUCUCUCUUCAAUUAUUGCUUGGUUGCGUUCUAACCCUUUCAGAACCGACUCCAAACCUCGAAAAAUCUUCUACUAUUAUAGAGGUUAUCAAUGAAUAUAAGAAACUGAAUCCAGUCGGCUUGACCAUGUCUAUACUGGGUUCAAGAUCAAAAUUCUGCAACAAUCAGGCUGCACGUGACUCGGCUGAUUCACUUAGACAGAACACGGGGACGGAGAAUCCGAGUUGUUCAUUCUUUCAAGGCAAUACGUUUUCCAUGUUAACAAUUCCUACACUUCAUGACAUUGCGUGUUCACAUAAUGGUAUGCAGGAGAUUUUCGAGACAGCAUACAUCAAUUUCUGUCCCUACUCCAAUAUAGAAGACUUCGCUUGUGACGUUGGAAGCUUUGAACUGGAAGUGAAUACUCUUAACUUGUUGGAGGCUGAAGUCAACAAUAUGAUGUUAGUAAAGCUAAGAAAUCAUAUUCAGAGGACUUUGUCACCGAUCGAUGCCUUUUCAUCUGAACUUGGGAUCCAGUUUGACACUGUCUUUGUGGCUCCACAUGUGAUUAAUGUUGCUCAACAAGUCUGGGCUGGUGCGAUCGUCAAUGUUCCUAAUUAUCAAGACCUAAAAGUAACCUAUGAGAAUGCUCAACGAAUUUCAGUCCAGGGAAUGCCUUGGAAGACAUAUGCACCACUGUACCACGUGGCUCUCUACUCUUCUUUCCUAGCUUUGAUUUGUUGGACAAAUUCUGUGCUCGUUGGAGACAAACUGAAAGAUGGGAUAAGCUCAAAUCAAAAACGAAUCUUUUUGUUGGUUGCAGAAGGCAUUGAUUUCAAGGAUGACAUGCCAAGAGCAGUGCAGGCGUUCAGGGCUAUAAAUCAGGCGGCUGGGGGAUGCAUCCGACACAAAUAUGACUAUGGAGCAAUCAUUUUACUAGAUGCGCGGUACGAUGAGGAAAGGAGUAGAAUGUUUGCCUCGGAGUGGUUUAGGAACUCAAUCAGAAAGUAUACGGAUUUCAAGAGUUCUUUGAGCGACCUAGCAUCUUUCUUCAAGAACGCCAAGAAUCAAGCAAUGCUUGGCGUUCGCAAUGAGACGGUCCGCGAAGAAUCAUUAUCCUCUAGUUCUAAAGUGAUCAGUACCGCAUUUUUUGUUUUGGUUCUAGAAGGAAAGACUUUCUCAUGGAUGUGUGGUUAG